GGCUGGCUGGCUGGCUGUGGUGAGCAGUAGUAGCGUGAAUACAGAGGACCAACAAUAGUGGCUGGUCGAUCACCAUUCAUCCAUCUAUCAUGCGAGAAAGCAUCGAUGUAUCGCGCGGUUUGACCGAAUUUUUGCAAAAUAAUUCUGCGCAGGUGAUACGCGGAUCGUUUGUUCUAUUUUCGCGUCCGUGAUGCCAGUUUGAGCAACAUGAAAAGUGGUGUGUUAUUUUUAGUCCCCAACUCCUUAAUUAACAAAAAAGAAAAUCUCGCCUGAUGAGAAAAACGACGAUGAUUUCGUCGUCUUCGUCGUCGUCACCGUCAUCAUAUCUGUGUGUGGCUGCUUUCGCGAUAGAGCUGCUGCCCCCUUCGCUGGAUGGCUGGAAAGUGUUAUCGUGUAGUGGUGUUAGUGCUGCUGCUGGUUUGCAAUAAGUGUCGCGGAUUUAUGCGAAUUUCAGAGAAAGAGAGUAGCAGAGAGUAGUGUACUUAUAGUGGAUACGUGUGACUUAUGCUGACUCUGGUGGUUGAAUGUAUGAAAGUAUUAUUAUUGAUCGAUGAAGAGUGUACCUCAAUUACGAUUGGUGGCAGUGAGUGAAAAUGAAGGAAAAUUUCGCCGAAAACACUGCGAUUUGGCUUGUGAGAGAGAGCUAGUGCAUAAUUUGAGGUGAUUCGGCAUGAGAAGAGUGGUUCAAGUUUUAUGUUGUUGAAACCUAGCCAAUAUCGAUCGCGUUGACCAGGCAGUCGAGUGGUGGGGGGUGUGGGUGGUUAUAGCAAGGCCGUAAAAUGGUCUCUCUGUCGGAUGAUUCCAAUGGUGUGCAGAGAAAAAACAAAUUUCUGCCGCAACUGGUUCGACGGCUGGGAAUUGGCCGGAACAAGACCAUCAUCAAGCCGGGUACCGCACAGGAUUCGGAAGAUGAGGUGUGCCUGCGGAAAAAGAUGGUGUCAUUCGACGACGAUGACGAUGGGGUUGGUGACGAGGCAGUUGACCGUCCCACCAGUUUGCCGUUGUUGAUCAGACACGGUGACAAAAGGCAAUCGGUGGACGCUGGAAGGGAGGAAAAGGCAAUUAGCUUGGGCAGCGAAGGAGCCGCCCGGUUGACGUCGAUUCUUAAGCAACCUGGUUCGCAGGUGUACGUGGUCGAAGACGGACGUGAAUUGUUCAUCAGAGGAAAAGUGAACGGGAAACCGCUAGAAGAAGGCACCAACAGUUCCGGAAACGAAUCAUCUUCGUCUCCCUUCAGACGGGGCUCGUCCUUUCGUCAAAGUUUUAACUACCUCUUCAAACGAAAUCGACUGAAAUUAAAGGACCGGUCCUGCACUAGUGAUAGCGAUUCCAACGCCGUUCUCGAGCUAGACGAAGAAAAUAGUUGUGCCAACACGCCAAAUAAACCUCUUUUGGAUGCCUUCCUGCCGGAAAAGGUGCCUUCGAAACGUGCCAGUACGGGUGACAUAUUUGACGAUAUUGUGAUACAGCUCAAUGAAGAUUUUGGAGUGAAGAACAAGGCAAAGUCCCAUCGAAGAAUGCAUUCCGAUUCGAUGUACUUUAGUGUCGUAUCCUCAGCUGCCACAGGCACCGAUAGAUCUACAAGCAGCGUUGGUAUAGGCUGUCGUCCACUUCCAAUUUCCACAACCAUCGAGCCGUUGAGUUCUGAUGUGCUGCAGCUCCAGAACAGCAGUCAGUUGUCGCGUAGCCCAAGUCACACCUCCACGGGAAAGAGUGAUCAAAAAUCUUUAAAAUCCCUCACGUCUUCACCGCUGGCGGUAGCACCGACGAUAAGAAGUUCCAGCCCCCAUCCGUCAAAAUCGGUCACCAAAAAUGACUCCAGUGAAAAGCCGGAAAAGCCAGAGAAAGAGAAGAAGAAAAAAGAGUUCAACAGUUCCCGCCAGAAGAAGUUCUCCCGGCAUUUUAUCCAGGUGGAGGACGAGAAAGUGUUGAACUACUUUUCCUGCGCUUUGGUCAGUGACAUUCUGUUACAAGGUCACCUCUACAUCACGCAGAAUUACUUUGCAUUUUACUCCAACGUGUUUGGAUAUGUAACAAAGCUUUUAAUUCCCACGGUGUCGGUGAUCAAAAUCUCCAAGGAAAAGACCGCCAAAAUGUUCCCGAACGCGGUCGGUGUGACUACGUGUGACGAUCGUCACGUGUUUGGUAGCUUUAUGAGCCGCGAGGCCGCCUACCGGUUGAUGUGCAGCGUGUGGCGUCCGGUGGCCCCGGCGGAAAUAUUGGAACCGACCGCACAGAAGGUUCCCGACGUCGAAGUGUCCGAAUGUUCGGUCGAGGACGACAGCAGCUGCUCAAUUAGUGGUAACGAAAGUUCUUCCCAUGUGAAAGAUAAAAAGUCUGACUUAGUUGAUUCGGGUGACUCGACUAACGAUAAGUUGACGGUAACAGAUGGCACCAAGCGAUCCCACGACGUCACCAAAAGUAUUAAAUCGGUGCAGAAGGAAAUUAUCAUCAAGUCUCCGGUGGCACUGCUCACACCCGGAGUGAUCCUGAAGGCGGCAGCUUCGGCCAAUAUCGGUCUCAAAGAGAAAUCCAACUGUAGUGAUACCCUCUAUCAGAACACUAGCAGCAGUAGUAAUGACGAUAGUAUGCUAACAAGACUUAGAAACAGGCUACAGAAAAUCUUUCCCUCCGAUUUUGGUGUUAUACACGUAGGAAUAAUUUUAGCAAUAGGAUUAGCUCUGUUUUCCUGUUUUCUCAUGUACAAAAUACACUACCUGCAGACCCGGAUGUACAGUUUCAACGACUUCCGUUGGGGCGAGAACGAUAAUAUGGAUGUUUACGCUGAAGUUUUACGGUGGCAGAAACAAAUGCAGGACAAAAGCACGGAGGAGGCUCAAAUAGUUCUUAAUUCUAAUUUAGAGCAAAUUGCUAAGGUACGCAAAAGUUUGGAAACAUUGUCAGUUCUGUUGCACGAUUCCUCCAAAAAGUACGGUGUGGCGAGUGGCAACCCCGACGCGGGCAACGUGGUUCUAGAGAGCACAUCCGAAUAUACGACGUAACAAACAAAGUAACAAACAGUGCAUCGUAGUGUUUGUGUGCUUCAAAAAGCAAAAAAAGUAAUACAAGCUGCAAGUAGAAUAGUUUUGCUAUCAUCUUUAACUUAUAAUCGUGAUAUUUAUUUUUAAGUAUUUAUUCGCGAAAGCUAGGUUGCAUUUAAGAACGAAAAUUAACAAAAGCAAAAUGUGUGCGCUGGAUCGAUCACAGAAACAGCCAAAAUAGUUAACAGACAGAAAGACAGUUCAACACAAUUCAACAUUAAAAAUUAAACAAAUUGUUAGUCAUUAGUUCCUUUAGGCCUAUCCACACGUGCUAAAGUUUAGGACGAUUACUCCGUACUCCCAGCAUAGCUGAACUUUGAUCAUGGCUCUGAAAUUAUCGAUAUCGCAGUUGUCAAAAGCUAGCUAGUCACAGCAGAAGAGAAGAGACAACGGACAUAGUCCACCCAGGUUUAGGAUGGCAACUUUUUGGACUUUUAGUAGUAUUUCAAACAGCUUUGAGAUUACAAGGAGUGAGCAAUGGUUUUUGUUGUGGUUCAUCAAGUGGCGCUGAAAAGUUCUUAUAAAUUGGGUCUUUUGUGUAGAGUAAAUUAAAACAAAACAAAUGUUAUACGUCUAGUGUAAAAGUUCGUUUAGAAAUGUUUUGAGAAAUUAUUGUUAUGAACUCAUAACAAGACCGGAGGCAUAUUGUUAAAUUGAUAAUUUCGGUGGAUUUUUCUGAAAUAUUUCAUCUGCCAAAUUCAACAUCACGUGUCAUUUGUAUGUUGAUCCCGGCGAAAAUGUCACCGACAUGGCAUGUUGUAGUUGACAGAAUAAAGUUUAAAAAAAUAUCCACCUUUGGCUCUUUGGCUCCAAAUGUACAAUCUCCUUAAUCCCUUCCUUGCCCUGAUACAAAGUGUAAACUAACAGGAUAUCGUUACCAAAUAAAUUACAAUUACAAUUACAAUUACAAUCCACCAACAUUAUCAGCAAUAUGCCUUAGUAGUUUUCCUUUAACUGAACAGCUUUUAAACUGAGUUAUUUACCUUGCCAAUAACUUUUCAUCCACAUUGAUUAAAUGAUUUAAUUGAAACUGCAUUUUUCACACAUGUAAUGCCAAACUGCUGCUCCUUUUUCGUUGACGAAUGUGUCUGUGAUAGAGAAAUGAAGAGUGGAGAAUCAAAAGAAUGGGCGACCUUUUUUCAGAAGCAAUAUGUCAACAAUAUCAGUACAUUACAACAAAAUAAAAUAAAUAACUUUACGGUCACAGUUUUGUAACGGGAGUAGGUAAAAACCGUACUUUGCUGGUUUAAGUUUGAUUCUGCUUUGUUAUACCUUGGGAUGAUUUUGUUUUGUUUUUUUUUUUAGAAAUAUCUGAAAUACACAGAAAUGCAUUUGAGUAAUAAAACUGAAAUUUUAUUCAUCCGAAAGCAAAUCCUCUAUAUCUUACUAGUACCGAGCGCCUGCUAGGCUACUUAAUAUAGAUAAGUAAUUGGUUUUACACAAGGUUUCUUCCGAGGCUCUCAAAAUGGGCCUUUUUCGGAUUUUUUCUUCUCAAUCAUCGUUCCUGGGUUAAAGCGGGACAUACACACACCAUCCUUGUACAGUAGUGGUUCGUUAACUGGGCCGCAGCCCAGUUCAAAAGCAGACAAACGUCAAAAAACCAAAACAAACCGAAAUCACCGAGGGGAUAAUGGAUACAAAAAUCAUGUUCAACUAAUAAAAAAACUUUUUUCAAAUUUUUAUGUAAUUUAAAGUCACAAAUAAAGAAAUAUGAAAACUAAUUAUUGUAAAUAAAUUUGACUAACUUUUAUUGUUAUAUUUCAUCAAAAAAUAUUAUGCAUCGGUAUUCGUUAAUCCUUCGUUAUUUUUCGUUCAGCCCAGUUAGCAAACAGCAUUCACAGGCUACGUUCACAGCCCAGUUCCCGAACAAGUACACUGAAACCCCGAUGGUUUGACACCAAUUGUUGACCAACCACCGGGGGUUGAGUGUACUUUUUGUACUUCUUCUAACUUUUGUUCCAAAGCUCAGAAAGUAUAGCUCUUCACUGAUGAAAACUGUGCAGAUUGAUGCGCGCAACCAUUCGUGAGCAACCACAAUAAAGUUAUCUACGUGCGCAUGUAUGGCGUGUACGUACACGACAGAAAGUGAGGUUAAAUUUUGUCCGGCCAGCAAAAUAGUGCGCUAGUGUGCGUACGCGAAAUGUCUAAAGCUCUAUUCGCAAACUGUCAGCGAUUUGGUCAAUUGCGUAAUAGAGAAAUUAAAAAGAGAGAUGUGAGCAUCCACAGAAAAAAAGUUCUCUUUUUUGAGUAAAACUACCUAAAAAAUGUGUAAAAAAGUAAACCUGAUGAAAAUUCAUCAAUUCCAAAAUAAAUCAUUUAUUUGGACACAAAAUCUGUCAUCAUUUCCCGAUGAAACUUUCGCAGUUGUCAUGGUCAACUUCUCGCCAACUGGACAGAAUGUUGUACUUUAAACUAUUGAUACAAUACUUUUGAACAGAUUUUGAAAAAAAUUACUUUGAAUCAGCUUAGAGCGACAAUCGGCCUUCUUAGAGCCAUUUGCUGUAUUAACACUCAAACGUUCGGGUAGUCAUUUGACCCCUAUUUUUUUCUUAAAAAUCUCAUAACUUUUGAUAGAAUUGACCGAUUUGGAUGCUUCCGCUUGCAAAAGAUCCAGAUUUGUCUAUAUUUUUAACUGUCAGAUGGGGGACAAAUAUGGUCCAUUUUUACCGGAGAUAUUCCGGAUUCCGUUGGGGUACCUCGGCCCUCCUAUAUGGGUAUUUGGUCAAUAUAACAAAAACUUUUCGACAGAACAAUGUCCGGAAUGAUACAAAACAUCAAGGAAUCAUCCUACUACAUCAUCCUGCAUAGAUACAUGACGUGGUCAAGACCUUCGGGCACCGGAACAGGUUCCAACCGGAAACGGUUCUCUGAGCUGAUGUCGAUUGGUGCCCAUUUGGAACUGGCUCCGGUGGCCCGUAGGAUUUAACCACGUCAAUUAUUUUGGCAGGAUGAUGUAUUAGGAUGUUGCCUUGAUGUUUUGCAUCAUUUCCGGCAU